AUGGCAACAGCCGCAAACCGUCCAUGGGCCCAGGCACAGCUACAGCUCCCAUCACCCGUCUCUUGCCUCGCCACCAUCAACAUUACCUACCCACCCACCACCAGCAUACCCAACCAUCUCUAUUCCACCUCACAUAAGCACUCUUCGUGUCUUUCCGUCUUUCCGUCCUUCGACUUCCGGAGCCCGUAG